UUUUUCUUCAGUUACCCUUCGCACAAAACCUUUGAUUUGCUUUCCCUUGUCCUUAACUGUGCGAUAAGUUUUGCCACUGACAGCGUGAACGCGCGAACAAUUCGACGCUGGCCUAUCAGUCCGUACGCGAGAGUCAGGGGCCGAUUAUCCUGCGCUUCAUUCACCACCACAGGCUAGUUCCAUCUUUUCUUUUCCCCCCUCUUCGUUCCCCGUUUCCAUCAACUGCCUUCCAUCCUUCUGUCGCUUUCUCCCACAAUUGCUUUUGGUCUACAUGCACUUUUAUUACGAUUGUUGAACCCCGCAUCCAACGUGAACAAUGGUGCGCCGGAGUGUUCGUGGAUCACGUCUUAGUACCAACGAGCCAGCCGCCUCUUCAGCCGCGGUACCCGGUCAACAGUCGUCCUCAAUCGAUCAGCCGGUGACGUGGGGUAAAGCGUCCAAAAACCCUCGCGCUCACACCAGCCGCACUCGUUCUUCCCGUACAUUUGUAUGCGAUUCCUCUAACAACGAAGACGAUACAAUAGACGUAUUACCAUUAGAACAGUCUUCUGCAUCGGUUCGACGGGUGCUAAAAGAGGUCUCAAUCGUCGCAAUGGCUCCCAAGAAAAAGGCAGUGGGUCCUCGCUCGAGACUCCCUGUCGCAAAUGGCUUCCAGGGCGAUCAAGCCAGCUCCAUCGGCUCGCCCUCGUUCGACAACUCCGAUUACGAGACUCCCGGUACAAGUUUGUCCACCACUCCUGCAGUCUCCAUCCGACGCGGCGGGAGAUCCACUCGCAGGAGUGGCCUUAGCGAGGCGCUGAAAGCGACCCUCAAUGCAUCCAGUUCUCGGAAGCGAUCACGUCUCGUUAUCGCGGAUUCUGAUGAGGAGUUGGACGAAGAUGCUAUGGACAUGUCUUCUGACGCCCAACUUGCGAGGCAGCUCCAGGAAGAGGAGUAUGCCACAGGAAGCACCAAGCGACAGAAGACCGGUUUCACCCUCGACUCGGAUAACGAGCUCGACCACCCGCCACCGAAGACUCCGUACAAAGGCAAGGGCAAAGCGAAAGUCGUUGAUCCGCCAGGCGGCCGAAGCCGAUCAGCUCGUUCGAGUGCGAAGCGUGCCAACACUAAAUUUCGUGGUGAUGACUUCGACGACGGCAUCGCAGAUUCCGAGGAUGAGUUCAAGCUUGAAGACGAGGACCUCGAUUUGGACGACGCCGAUGAUGUUGUUGAGCUUGUGUGCGACAGCGACAGCGAUGACGAUGUUCCGCUCAUGGGCAGAGCGAAACCAGUUGCGCGACCUGCGCCUGCCAAAUCAAAGGGGUCUAAGGGGAGCAAGAAGCUGACCUGGGCAGAGCGGAGAUCGAAAAAGAUAAAGAAUGCCGAACGCGCCUCUAAGUUCGCACAUAUCGAAGAUAAAUGGGAGCGAAAGAGGGCCAUGAACCGAGAGCGAGCUGAAGAGUCUCACCCAAAACUUCUUACUAUGUGGGACGAUCUUGGAGCUAUCCCCGUUCUUAGUGUCCAAAAGGCUGAGCAGCCGGCAUCAAUUACACGGAGGCUGAAACCUUUCCAGCUAGAGGGCCUGAGCUGGAUGACGAGACAAGAGAAGACCGGCUACAAGGGAGGAUUACUUGGAGACGAGAUGGGUAUGGGAAAGACGAUCCAAGCAGUAUCUCUCAUCAUGUCCGAUUAUCCCGCCAAGCAACCAACACUCGUUGUCGUACCCCCUGUCGCUCUCAUGCAAUGGUCUAACGAGAUUCGCGAGUACACGGAUGGCAAGCUUAAAGUCCUUGUCUAUCACGGUACCAAUGCUCAGUGCAAGAAGAUGACCGUCAAAGAUCUGAAGAAGCACGACGUAAUCAUGGUCUCCUACAACAGUUUAGAGUCUUUGCACCGGAAGGAAACUAAAGGGUGGUCUCGCGGCGAAAACAUUGUCAAGGAGGCAUCGCCUCUUCACGCCAUCACUUACCAUCGUCUCAUCCUUGAUGAGGCACACAGUAUCAAAUCACGUACUACUGGUGUGGCCAAGGCUUGCUUUGCUUUAAAGGGCAACUACAAGUGGUGCUUGUCUGGAACGCCGGUGCAGAAUCGAAUUGGAGAAUUCUUUUCUCUGCUACGCUUCCUCGAAGUCCGUCCCUUCGCCGACUAUUUUUGUCGAUCCUGCGAUUGCGAGCAGCUUCACUGGACAGUCGAUGAGGAUCACAUGUGUACUUCUUGCGACCAUGGCGGCUCUGAGCACAUUUCUGUAUUCAACCAGGAGUUACUCAACCCAAUCACAGGUGACGAUCCAGAGGACCGCGAGGAUGCCCUUACGAAGCUUCAUAUGAUCACCGCUCGCAUCAUGCUCCGCCGCAUGAAGCGCGAUCAUACAAAUUCAAUGGAACUUCCCAUGAAGGAUAUUGUCAUCCACAAUGAGUUUUUCAGCGCAGUCGAGCGGGACUUCUCCUCCUCCAUCAUGACGAAUUCAAGUCGCAAGUUUGAUACAUAUGUUGCUCAAGGUGUCAUGCUUAACAACUACGCCAAUAUCUUUGGUCUUAUCAUGCAGAUGCGUCAGGUUGCUAACCACCCGGAUCUGCUUUUGAAGAAGAAUGCUGAAGGCGGUCAAAACGUUCUGGUUUGCAACAUCUGCGAUGAGCCUGCUGAAGAUGCUGUUCGCUCUCGUUGCCACCAUGAGUUCUGCCGUGCUUGUGUCAAGGACUUCAUCGAAACUUGCGAGGCGUCUGGAACCGAUGCUGACUGCCCUCGCUGCCACAUCUGUCUUUCCAUUGAUUUUGAGCAGCCGGAAAUUGAACAGGACGAAGACCAGGUCAAGAAGACAUCCAUCAUUAAUCGCAUCAAGAUGGAGAAUUGGACUUCCUCAACUAAAAUCGAGAUGCUUAUCUACGAUCUGUACAAGCUUCGUAGCAAGAAGCAGACACUUAAGUCGAUCGUUUUCAGUCAGUUCACAUCAAUGUUGCAACUCAUAGAGUGGCGCCUCCGCCGUGCUGGCUUCAAUACGGUUAUGCUAGACGGUAGUAUGACUCCUGCACAGCGCCAGAAGAGUAUCGAGUUUUUCAUGACCAACCCUGAUGUCGAGGUCUUCCUCGUGUCUCUUAAGGCUGGCGGUGUAGCGCUCAACUUGACGGAGGCUUCUAGAGUCUUCAUCGUGGACCCAUGGUGGAACCCAGCGGCUGAAUGGCAGUCUGCGGAUCGUUGCCACCGUAUCGGUCAGAAGCGUCCAUGCGUGAUCACUCGUCUCUGCAUUGAGGACAGCGUUGAGUCUCGUAUGGUUGCAUUGCAGGAGAAGAAGGCAGCUAUGAUCGCUGGAACUGUCAACAACGACAAAGUUGCAAUGGACCGCUUGAGUCCAGAAGACUUACAAUUCCUGUUCCGCGGUACUUGAAGAGCAAAGAGCGAAAUGAGAACUGAAUGUCUGCAUCGGGUCAAUAGAGGGCGAUACAGAUGCAUUUCAUUGUCGAUUGUGCGAGGGUUAUGGCGUUAUAUUGACUUCAGGCACGGAUCAUGAGUCCAUGAUUUGAGGGGAAGGGAGGUGUGUGUCAUUUCCGUGAUUCAGUCUUUACUCUACAUGUCGAGAACCUGCAGCAGAACGGUUAGAAUGAUCAAAAUCGUUCGACUAGGCUUGUCGCGUUCUGCCGCAUGUAUGUGACGGGUACACGAGCAAGAAG